CCCCUUGGUAACGCAAGAUGGCGGCGCCCAUGUUGCUGCCCGAGUCCCCUCUGGGGAAGCUGAGCCAUCAAAAAUACAGAGCUAUUCUGAAGAAAGAAAAGCGGAAAAAAAAGCGUCAGGCACUUGCCAAACUGAGAGAUUCAGAAGCUACAGAAAAAGAUGAGUCAAUAUCUGAGGAAGAAGAGGAGGAACUGGAAGAAGAGGAAGAAGAAGAAGAAGAAGAAAAAAAACUUGAGGCAGAAAGACAAAAACUACAUGAGCAGUGGUUGCUAAGAGAAGAAAAGGCCCAAGAAGAGUUCAAGCUUAAGAAAGAAAAAGAAGAGGCGGCAAGAAAACGUCAAGAAGAAGAAGAGAGAAAAAUCAAAGAAGAAUGGGAAGAACAGCAAAGAAAAGCAAGAGAAGUGGCACAGCAGAAGCAACAGCAGAAGAGAGAAAGAGAGGCAGCUGUGCAGAAGAUGCUGGAUCAAGCUGAAAGCCAGCUGGAGAAUGGUAUUACCUGGCAUAACCCAGAGCCCCCAGAGAAUAUAGGAACAGAAAAGGACAGAGCAAAUUGCCCAUUUUAUAUUAAAACAGGUUCCUGCCGAUUUGGAGACAGGUGUUCUCGCAAGCAUAAUUAUCCAACAUCUAGUAAGACGCUACUCGUCCGAGGAAUGUUCCUUACUUUUGGCAUGGAGCAGUGUCGGAGAGACGACUAUGACACAGACGCGAGUCUUGAAUACAGUGAUGAGGAGACCUACCAGCAGUUCUUGGAGUUCUAUGAGGAUGUUCUCCCUGAGUUUCAAAAUGUGGGGAAGGUUGUUCAAUUCAAGGUCAGUUGCAACUAUGAGCCUCACCUGCGAGGAAAUGUGUACGUCCAGUACCAGACGGAGAAGGAUUGUCAGGCAGCUCUUGCUCUAUUUAGCGGACGAUGGUAUGCAGGACGACAGCUUCAUUGUGAAUUUUGUCCUGUGACAAGAUGGAAGACUGCUAUAUGUGGCUUAUUUGAAAGGCAGAAGUGUCCAAGAGGGAAACACUGCAACUUUCUUCAUGUAUUCAAAAAUCCAAACAAUGAGUUCUGGGAGGCCAAUAGAGACAUACGUAUUUCUCCUGAGCGGACUAAUCAGUUGUCUAAAAACUCUGAAAGGAGAAACAGAACAAGCCAUCGUGAUGACUAUUACAGCCGGUCGAGGAGAAGGGGCAGCCCUAGCCCAGAACAUUCUUACCGAAGAAAUGGAGAAUCGGAGAGAAAAAAGAAUAGCCGCAAAAACAAGAGAAGACGCCGGUCUGGCAGGUCGAGAAGCCGAGAAAGGAGGAGAUCCCGCAGCAGAGGGAGAAAGAGGAGAGGCCAUAGUCGCAGCAGAAGUCAUAGUCGAACACGCAGUAGGAGCAGAAGUCGGAGUUCUCGAUCCAGGAGCAGGGGUAAAAAGAGAUCAAGCAGCAGAGGAAAAAAUAGUGAAACUCCUAAAACAAAGUGAGAAUUACUUUUAGAAAUUGCUAAUUGAUCAAACUUAGAGCUGACAAAAAAAAUCUUUCCAAUAGGGCACCAGAUAUAUUUGAGUUACAAAUAAAGUGUUCUUGCACAUUAAAAUCAGUUUCUUCCUAAUAAAGGAACCUAGUUUAUUGUGUGCUAAGCUUCAGAAAAUUAAGAUUUUAAGUCCUAUUAAGGUGUGAAUGUCAAGUACUCUAGCUACUCUGUCCCUCUGAACUACUGCAACAUCUGGAUGCAUACUGAGUGCAAAAUAGAAAGAGAAGUAAAGCUUAUUUGGUAAACGCUUAUUUCUGUGUUACGUGUGUGUUAAGUGUUCACUGUUCCCAUAAGGAGUUAGUUCAGAACAGCCAGUGUGCUGUAAAUUCUCACCACAGCAUACUGCAAAUCUAAGUCUGUAAAAGACAACCAUAUAUAUUUACCGUAUGUUUAUGGGAAAUCUCGUUCUAGACAAAGUAAAUAUAAUCAUGUUAUUAUGAGCUGGAGAAAAGAGAUCUAAAGCUCCAGCACAGAAGAAACUUUUUUUUGUACAGUACUUGACCAGUAGGAGCUUUGUGGUCGCAAUUGUUGGAUUACUCUCUCUCCUGUGACUGAGCUGCUGAGCUAACUGCCUGUAAGGAUUGCAGUAGACCAAAAUUAAGUAGGAAGUACACAGAAGAACAAUCCAUUUAUUCAGUACCCUAAUCCCCAAGUAAGAGUGGAGACCACGCACUUGUAAUUCUAGAGUGAAAAUAGAAAAUACUCUUUGUUGCAUAGCAUUUGUUGUUAAAAAACAACCUGCCUAAUUUAUGAUGCAGUAGUUAAAAAAGAAAGAAAGAAAGAGAAAAAAAAAAAAAAAAAAGAUGUGUAAAUCUGGUAACUGAAGUUGCAAAUGUAGUAGUAAAGGCUAAAGAUGAUUGCAGAGAUCUUGCAGAGUGGCUAAAGAAACUGAAGGAUUUAUACCUGAAAUAAUACUUCAGUUUUUGUGGGAGGAAGACUUGGUUAAACUGUUUUUUUUUUUUUUUUAGGCUUAUUUUACAUACAGGUUCAGGCACCCUACUGCCUAGCUUCCCUACAGUCAAAGUGGAGAGUAGUGUACCUAAAAAUGAAGUUAUCAGGACAAAACGUUUUUGAAGUGACAGUUAUAUAACAAAGUAACUGUAAUUAGCAAAGUCCUUAAAAAAUAAAUAUUUCUUCAAUUUUGAA